GUCAGUCUGCAGCACUCAGCUCUGUCAUUCUCACCGUCUGCCUGUGAGCAGCUGGAUGUCCUCCUCACAACUCUGAGCGAAACCCAGAUCUCCUGGAUUAUUGCACUUUUCCUCUUGUCGUACUAGUUGGAAUGAAAGUCUCCUGAACUGAGGCUGCUGUAAUGAGAGCCUCUGUCCUAGGAUCAGUGUGCGCUCUCCUCGUGCUGCUGCGGGAGCCUGUGUGCCGGGGUGAUGAAGUUACCUCCAGCACAGUGAACCCAUGCUGUUAUAUCCCCUGCCAGCACUGGGGUGUGUGUGUACGCUACAGCGAGGACAAGUAUGAGUGUGACUGCACUCGCACCGGGUACUAUGGAGAAAACUGCACAGUCCCUGAGGUUUGGACCAGGGUGCGACAUUUCUUGAAGCCCAGCCCGGACACAGUGCAUUACAUUCUCACCCAUUUCCGCUGGCUCUGGAACAUCAUCAACUCCACCUUCCUCCGGGACAGCCUCAUGCGUGUGGUUUUAACAGUGAGGUCCCACUUGAUCCCCAGCCCUCCGACCUACAACUCCGAUUAUCACUACCUCAGCUGGGAGUCGUACUAUAAUCUGAGCUACUACACUCGGAUUCUGCCCCCGGUGCCCAAGGACUGUCCUACGCCUCUGGGGGUCAAAGGCAAGGCUGGGCUGCCCGACCCUGUGCUGCUGGUUGAGAAGCUCCUGAAGAGAAGGACGUUCAGGCCCGAUCCCCAGGGCUCCAACCUCAUGUUCGCCUUCUUCGCGCAGCACUUCACCCACCAGUUCUUUAAGACCUACAAUCGCAUGGGUGUGGGCUACACAAAAGCUCUGGCACACGGGGUGGAUGCGGGACACGUUUAUGGAGACAACCUGGAACGACAGCUCGAGCUCAGGCUUCUCAGAGAUGGAAAACUUAAAUAUCAGUUAAUUAAUGGAGAGGUGUACCCCCCUACGGUGGCUGACGCGGCCGUGAAGAUGAGCUACCCUCCCGGGGUCCCCAUUGAGAGUCAGAUUGCGAUCGGCCAGGAAGUGUUUGGACUCCUCCCCGGCUUGGGAAUGUACGCCACACUGUGGCUGAGGGAGCACAACCGCGUCUGUGACAUCCUGAAAGCAGAGCACCCCAACUGGGACGAUGAGCAGCUCUUCCAGACUGCACGACUCAUCAUCAUUGGUGAGACGAUCCGAAUAGUGAUAGAGGAGUAUGUGCAGCACCUCAGUGGAUACUUCCUUCAGCUCAAGUUCGAUCCCACCCUGCUGUUUAACACCAACUUCCAAUAUGGGAACCGCAUCGCUCUGGAGUUCAGCCAGCUCUACCACUGGCACCCUCUGAUGCCCGACAGCUUUUUGAUCAACGGAGACGAGCUGACGUACCCGCAGUUCAUCUUCAACACAUCUGUCCUAACGCACUACGGCGUGGAGAAGAUGGUGGAGGCCUUCACUCGACAACCCGCAGGCCAGAUUGGCGGAGGCCACAAUAUCAAUGCCGUGGUGACCCAUGUGGCCGUUGGAGCUAUAAAGGAGUCCCGCCAGCUCCGCGUGCAGCCUUUCAACGAGUACAGGAAGCGUUUCAACCUGAAGCCGUACACUUCAUUCAGAGAAUUCAGCGAUAACGAGGAGAUCGCCAGCACGCUCGAAGAGUUCUACGGUGACAUUGACGCUCUCGAAUUUUAUCCUGGCUUGAUGCUGGAGAAAACCCGACCCGGGUCCAUAUUUGGGGAAAGCAUGGUGGAGAUGGGCGCCCCCUUCUCCCUCAAAGGCCUCCUAGGAAACCCUAUAUGCUCUCCGGAUUACUGGAAGCCCAGCACGUUCGGAGGCAAAGUGGGCUUCGACAUAGUGAACUCUGCCACGCUCAAGAAGCUGGUGUGUCAGAACACCAGGACGUGUCCUCAUGUGGCCUUCAGCGUGCCAACGGUAGAGAAAUCACAACAAAGGAAAAAUGGUGGUGAGCUAGCCGUCGUCAUGACUACGCUGGAUGACAAAAUCCUGGGAGAGAAGCUGCAGUACUACUACAGCAGCAGCGAGGACGAAGGCAGCGACAAUGAGGACGAGGACGGGGAGAAGAAGACCAUAAGGGACGCGGGUGUUAAUGAGCCCGAGAUCGACUACAGCGCAGAUGGGAGCGCCGUCAACACAGGACCCAAGGGCGUAAUCAAUGACUGGAGGAAGUACAAGCAGCUGGAGGUGGAGCAGAAGCAGGAGCAGAAGAAAGAGAUGGAAAGGCUGAUCAAGAAGCUGUCGAUGACCUGCCGCUCCGAUCUGGACCUGGAAAAAGACAAAGAGAAACAGAAGGAGCUGCAAGACAAAAUCAAGGGCAAAAUGACGAUGCAGGAGUACAACAUGCUCCAGGAAGAAGAGGACGACGAAGACUUCCUCCAGCACUACCGCAUGCAGCGCAUCGAAGAGAUGCGCCGGCAGCUCUGCCGCGGCAAGCGCUUCGAGACGGUCUACGAGCUCAGCAGCGGAGAGGACUUCCUGGAGGCUUUGGACAAAGAGGACAAAAGCACGCUGGUCAUGAUCCACAUCUACGAGCCGGAGGUCCCCGGCUGCGAGGCGAUGAGCGGCAGCCUGCUGUGCCUGGCGCAGGAAUACCCGCUGGUCAAGUUCUGCAGCGUGCGCAGCUCGGCCAUCAGUACCAGCGCGCUGUUCAGGGACAGCGCCCUGCCCGCCCUGCUCGUUUACAAAGGAGGGGACCUGAUCGGCAACUUUGUGCGGCUCACGGACCAACUCGGGGAAGACUUCUUCGCCGUGGACCUGGAGGCCUUGCUGCAGGAGUACGGCCUGCUGCCGGAGAAGUCCCCCGUCGUGGCAAAGACGAUUCGCAACGGAGCCAUCAUACAGAGCAACGUGAGCGACGAGGACUCUGACCUCGAUAUAGACUAGAGCCACGACAUGUGAUACGCUUUAUAUGCUUGGGAAUCAUGGGUACGAAGUCUGCAUGGACUAUUAGAUCAUUUAUAUAUAUGUGGACCUCCUGUAGUGAUGACAGACUGUACCAGGAUAGACAUGUUACUACACUCACACAUCAACACACAACCAGCGUCAAAGCAGAACCAAAAAUGAACACACACAAGACACCAGUGGGUUUCAUUUUAUCAUUCCAUAGUAAACAUGACUUAUAUUUAAUAAGCUGUUAUGGACAUCAUGUUGUUAUAUAGCAUCAAGUGACAAUGCUGUAGAUCUCGUAUGUUUUUUUUUUUUGUUUUUUGUCUUUAUUUAUUUGUUGUGUUAAAACACAUUUCCUCGUUUUGUUUCCCUGUAAUGUUUCACUGCAGAAUAUAUAAAACCUCGAGCCCGAACCGACCUUUAGUUAAUUUUAUAACUUUUAUAUGUGCUGUACCAUUUCAAAUAGUGGUGGGAAAAUAAACUGUAAAGUGCUUGGA